CUUUUUCCGUCUUCCUCUCCCCCCGGGAGGUUCCCGCCGCCUCCCGUCCCGCCCGCGGCGGUUCCGGCGGGGUUUUCAAGCGGCGGGGCUGAGGGAAGAUGGAGGCCGGCGGGUGCGGGUGCGCGGCCGGGCCCUGAGGGAGGAUGAGCGGCGGGCGGCAAAGCACCUUGCCUCAGGCCUGGCGGGUUUCGGCGCCGGGGAAGGCACCGGAGGAGGAAGAGGAGGAGGAGGAGGCAGACGAUGACCUGCUGCUGGCGGCUGCCGCGGCGGCGGCGGAGGGGAGCCCGGCAGCGGGUCCCUGCCCCGCGGCCGGUCCCUGCCCCGCGGCCGGUCCCUGCCCCGCGGCCGGUCCCUGCCCCGCCGCCGGUCCCUGCCCCGCCGCCGGUCCCUGCCCCGCGGCCGGUCCCUGCCCCGCCGCCGGUUUCUGCCCCGCCGCCGGCUCCCUCUGGAUCUACCCCACCAACUACCCGGAGCGCGGUUACCAGCUGCGCAUGGCCCGCUCCGCCUUGCUGCGCAACACGCUGGUCUGCCUCCCCACCGGGCUGGGGAAGACCUUCGUGGCCGCCGUGGUGAUGUACAACUUCUACCGCUGGUUCCCCUCCGGCAAGGUGCUCUUCCUCGCCCCUACCAAGCCCUUGGUGGCUCAGCAGAUGGAGGCGUGUGCCCAGGUGAUGGGGAUCCCGGCCCGGCACAUGGCCGAGAUGACGGGGGGAACCCAAGCUCUGAGUCGGAGGGAACUGUGGGCUACCAAGAGAGUCUUUUUCCUUACACCUCAAAUAAUGGUGAACGAUCUUUCUCGUGGGACGUGUCCUGCUGUAGAGGUUAAGUGUUUGGUUGUUGAUGAAGCCCACAAAGCCCUUGGAAAUCAUGCCUACUGCCAGGUUGUGAGGGAGCUAAGCAAAUACACGAAGCAGUUUCGGAUCCUGGCCCUAAGUGCCACACCAGGCAGUGAUACCAAGGCUGUGCAGCAAGUCAUUUCCAACCUGCUCAUUGCUCAUAUAGAGCUGUGUACUGAGGAUUCUCCAGAAAUCCAGCCUUAUUCUCACGAACGACAAGUGGAAAAAAUCGUUGUUCCACUUGGUGAAGAAUUGGUAGACAUCCAGAAUGCUUACAUCCAGGUGCUAGAAACGUUUGCUGGACGCCUGAUUAAAAUUGGAGUUCUGGCAAGGAGGGACAUUCCCAGCCUUACCAAGUACCAGAUAAUUCUAGCAAGAGAUCAAUACAGAAAAAACCCAUCUUCACAAAACAUGGGAAUACAUCAAGGCAUAAUCGAAGGAGAUUUUGCACUUUGUAUUAGUUUAUAUCAUGGUUAUGAGCUGCUGCUGCAGAUGGGAACGCGGUCAUUGUUUAUCUACCUUAGUGGAAUUAUGGAUGGAUCAAAAGGGCUGACCCGUACGAAGAAUGAACUUGGUCGUAAUGAGGACUUUGUGAAGCUGUAUCAGCAGCUCAGAGACAUGUUUUCAGACACAUCUCAGGCUUCAGAGAGUGCAAAUGUUUACAAGAGUAAACCAGUUUUUGAAAAUAAAAAGGAAUUUAUCUACAGCCAUCCAAAAUUAAGGAAAUUGGAGGAAAUUGUAAUAGAACACUUCAGAUCCUGGAAAAAGAGAGGUUCUGAUGAAACAGGCGAAGUCAGGACUGACAGCACAGCUGUGGGCACUGCAGAUACCAGAGUGAUGAUCUUCUCAUCCUUUCGAGACAGCGUGCAAGAAAUUGCUGAAAUGCUUUCCCGGCUCAAGCCCAUGGUCAGAGUCAUGACAUUUGUUGGCCACUCCACAGGGAAGAGCACAAAAGGCUUCACACAAAAGGAGCAACUUGAGGUGGUAAGGCGCUUCCGUGCAGGUGGGUAUAACACUCUGGUCUCUACCUGUGUUGGGGAAGAAGGUUUAGACAUUGGAGAAGUCGAUCUCAUCAUCUGCUUCGACGCCCAGAAGAGCCCGGUGCGCCUGGUGCAGAGGAUGGGCCGGACGGGGCGCAGGCGGCAGGGCAGGAUCGUGGUCAUCCUCGCCCAAGGGCGGGAGGAGCGGACUUACAACCAAAGCCAGUCUAACAAACGGAGCAUCCACAAAGCUAUCUCGGGGAGCAAAACACUGCAUUUCUACCAGCAUAGCCCACGUAUGAUUCCAGAGGGCAUCACUCCAAAGUUGCAUAAAAUGUUUAUUACUGCUGAAAAAUAUGAACCAAGCAAUUCAAGAACACUUUCCAAAGAGAGGAGACCUAGUUCCCUCCUGCACAAAUCUGCUCUCUUUUCCUGUGUUGCCGGCCAAAAGCAAGUACACUGUCAUGAGAGUUGGUGUCUGUCUCCUGAGGAAUUUGAAAUAUGGGACAAGCUGUACAGGAUUAAGGAAAGUGAUGGAGCAAAGGCACCAAUACUGCCUCGAAGUCGGUUUGAAACCUUAGAAGACCUGGAAGAAAUGCCAGAGCAUGAAGAGGAGGCAGGUCGUGAGCUUUCCUUGUCUGAGUGGAGCAUUUGGCAGAGUCGCCCUUUCCCCACCGCUCUGGUUGGUCACUCAGAUCGUUGCUACCAUUUUAUCAGCGUUAUGGAAAUGAUAGAACUGAUGAGACAUGAGCAGGGAGACUGCAGCUAUGACCUGGAGAUUCAGCCUCACUUACGGAUUGAAGAUGUUAAUGUUCAGAGGAAUAAAAGGCAUCUUCCCAUGACCAGCUCUGCCUUUGGGCAGAAAGCUCACUCGUCUAGAAAAGACAUGGCACACAGGCUGAAAGUCAAACCGCUUUUACCUGAUGCAGACAGUAAUGGGAGUGAAUUCUUUUCCACGUUUAAAAUAACAAAACCAAAGUCAUCCAAAAGAACUUCUGAAUUGAAUGUGGAGAUGCCUGUGUUGCCUACAGACAUUAAUACUUCAGCUUCUUGCUCAGCAAGGAGGGUUGCUGUGGUUGAAAAUACUGACCAGGGCAGUCAAAAGGAGGAGGAACCAGAGGUGACAUUUGACUUAAAUGAAUGUAUUGACCUAUGUGACAACAGUGAAAGUGCUGUAGUUCAUGAAGGGGCAGCAAUAAAGGAAUCCAAAACUGUAAAUAAAGCUUGUAGGUCACUGGGGACAAACCAAGCAGAUUCGGGUUAUGGUAGCUUCACAGCUGAGAAAUCUCCUGUGUCCUCUGACUUGUUUUAUCUUCCUGAAUCAUACAUGGAUUCAUUUGAGCUUCUGAGACCAUCUGAGGAUCCUUCUUCGUUAAAACAAAUAUCUUCCCACGUGAAAAGGCUUUUAUCACAGCCUCCUCCCUCUUCUGAUGAACUCCAUGAUUUAGAAAACAUGAUGAGAAAUGAGGAAACAAGAUGUCCAUUUCAAGAACCUAUUUCUGACAGUUAUUCAGAGAGGCUGCCAGGCAAAGGCUUUUCUGUGUCCUCAGAAGCUGAUCAUUCACUGAUGCUCUUUGCAAACCCUGGACUGAAAGCCACCAGUGAACUGUGUGCCUCUGUAAGCACCUCAUUUUCCAAAAGUGCAUCAUCCUCUAAGAGUCCUGUUGUUAAAGCCAAAGAGGAAACUCACUGGAAUGACAGCUCAUUCAGUCUGUUUGACAAUGAAGAAUUCACUGAAAUUCAAAAGAAAGCUCCAACAAUAAAUCACUCUCUGACAAAUAAACCUUCAAGUAAGUAUUUUGUUCAAAAAGAUAAAGAUGAUCCUAAAAUUAACAAGAAAAAUGUGAUUAUUGUGGGCUCCCCUCCAGAGGUGGGCUGUGUGGAUGCCAACAAAACCUGUGAGGAGCAGCCAGUGUGCGGCAAAUCCACAACCAUGGAAACAUCAGGUGGCAUCAGUGUGACCAAGCAGUUCCUGGAUGAUGGUGAUGAUGAUGAUGGACUUUAUGAUUGUUCUCAAGAAUUGUUUUCUGUGAACUUUGAUCUGGGAUUCUCCAUUGAUGAGUUUGAGAAUGACAUCUGUGAAGAACCUAUAAAUACCAGUGAACCCAGAAAAUUAAAUGGUGCCUCAGGGAGUCCAGCAAAUGUUAAAUCCAGUGAAGAUAAAACAAAAUUACUGAAUGAUAGCUCCAGACAUGAAAUAGUGCCAAAAUGGGAUUGGAAGAGUCCUGAGAGAAGAGAUGUUUCCACACCAUUGCCAUUCCAGAGCAGGAGCUUGAAUAAUGCAGGAGGGACUAGGGAUGCUACUGCUGCAGUGCCUUUCCUGAAGUCCAGAGACAAAAGAACGGGAAGUGGAUCACCUGAAGCUUUUGCUUCUGCAUUUUCUACCCCAAAAAGUAGAAAGGUUAUGAAUAUUAAAGCUAUGAAAAGAAUUCCUAUGCAUGUCUUUAGUACCACGGAUGAAAUUCCAGAGGUGCAUCUUACAGAUAAAGUCAAUACAAGUCCACAUAGGCAGAGCUUUGGGAGUUCAGCUGUGGAUACACUUGAUUCCCCUUUGGGAAGAACAAACAACCUGGAAGAGGACAACCUUCCUACUUCACAUGUGCUUCCUGCUGAAGCGGGGACCAGCAGCGGGAGUGACGAAGAGGUUGUUUUCCGGAGGAGAAACAGGAACAAAAAGAACGUUUUGAAGUCUCCUGAUGGUGGGAGUGACAGCGAUUCUGAACCAGCGCUCGGCGCCCCCAGGAAACGCCGGCACCGCCUGAGCAUGACAGACGUGUCCAGUGAUGACAGCACGGACUUCCAGAAGAGCUGCAGCAGGAGCACAAAGAGCAGCUCAGCAGCCCAGAAGAGAAACCAGCUGAGGAGCACGAAACGGCAGAAGGUCAAGAGCAGUUUCCCAAACAAGAAUGCAGGAAGACAAUUUUUAGAUGAAGAAGCUGAGCUGUCCCAGCAAGAUGCUGAUGAUGUUUCAUCAGAUGAAACUGAUGAAGCAGAGAACGAGCUGAACUCUUCCCUUGCUCAGUUCCUGAAUGAUGAUGUGGAGAUCACCCAGGUGUUAAAUGAGGGUGAGAUGGAAGGGGUGUACUUGCAAUCCGUGCGCAGCCCCGCGCUCGGCAACCGAUACAAAAUGGUUCACCGGGAGUUCAGCAGCAGGGCCGUUUUCUCCCAGAUUCCUGAGCAAGACCAGUCUUACAUGGAGGACAGUUUCUGUGUUGGAGAGGAGGAAGAGGAAACUUGCCAAAAAAGUGAAUCCAGUGAGGAGGAAAUGUGUGUGAAUUUUGAUCUCCUAAAUAAUGAGAGCUUUACCAGUGGCAGAAAGCAAUACCUGACCCGACGGAGAAAAGAGCUAACCCGUGGCAGGAUGGAAGGGACCUCCUCUGUCCCAGGGCAGAAGAAGAAACCAUCCCGGGUGAUUGUUCUCAGUGAUUCCAGUGAGGAGGAGACAAGUGUCAGCAGUGAGAAGCUCAUGAGAACAGACUGUUGCAGGGCAGAGCAGGAAAACACUGUAUUACCCAAGGCAGUGCCUUCAGUCUCUUCUGUGCAGCACAAAAAAAGUGCUGGGGAAACAAGUGUGCAUCAGCCUGUGGGGACUGAGAGGGAGAUGCUGCUCAGCUUGAAAGCUUCAGUGUCUGAAAUGCUGGAUUUUCACCCAGAACAUCAAGCCAGGAGCACAAGCUCCCAACGCACUGUCCUUGGUCCUGAUUCGGGGAAGGAGGCUCUCCAGGCUCCUGCUGAGGUAGGAAGUUCCUCGAAGAACACCAGUGGGGGCACUUCAGUUCCCACCUCUUCUGCUUCCACACACCCCUCUCCAGCUGCAGCUCCGUUUCCCCUGCAGCAGGAGCCUUCCCUCUGCAUCCUGGCCGACAGCCGCGAGAUCUCCUCGGGAGCAGAGGUGAUCUCCUCCCUGAAGGCCACUCACGGGGUCAAGGUCCAGGUUUGCUCCCUGAGCAGCAGCGACUACAUCGUGAGCAGCCGCGUGGCCGUGGAGAGGAGGUUUCUCUCAGAGCUGCUGAGCUCUGUGAACAGGAGUAAAGUCACCCAGCGGAUCCAGCGCCUGCAGAGCACGUUUGAGAGAGUGUGUGUGAUUGUGGAGAAGGACAGGGUGAAGGCAGGAGAAACAUCCCGGGUUUCCCAGAGGACGCAGCACUACGACGGGCUGCUCUGCGCCUGGGUCCAGGCUGGGGUCAGGAUUCUCUUCAGCUCUGGCCAGGAGGAAACUGCUGGUUUGCUGAAAGGCCUGGCUUUGGUGGAGCACAGGAAGAACGCUGCCAUUCGUGUGCCAACCGAGGUGGAGGGUCACAAGCGGGACAUGUUCAACUUCUACCUGAGCAUUCCCAACCUCAGCUACCUGGCUGCCCUCAACAUGUGCCAUCACUUUGACUCCGUGAAGAGGAUGGUCAACAGCUCCCCGCUGGACCUUGCCAGGGCUGCCCAGGUGAGCCCCCAGAAGGCAGAGGAGAUCUACCGGUACCUGCACCACAGCUGUGACCUGCAGCUGCUGCCCGAGGGCCUCUGUGCCAGGGGGAGGCACCAGGCAGCUGCCUGGAGCUGAGGGGACCCCCUGCUCUUCUUUUAAAUGCACUUUACUGAGUUUUGAGUCACUGUACAAUAUGUAAAUAAAUCCUUGUGGAUACA